AUGAAGCGGACGCGGAGUGGCAAAGGGGCCGCGGUCGUGACCGGCGCUUCCGAGUGCCACGUGCGUGCGCCCACGACGAGCCUGUCACGACCAGCCCGUCACGACCAGCUCGUCACGACCUGUCAUCCCGCCGAGCCCGUCGGCGACCGGCCGGUCAUGCGCCACACGCCGGUCGGCCGCGACCACACCGCGAUUUAUUGCACCUUACGCGAUAUGAUGCCUCGUCGAGGUUCCUAU